AGAAGAAAUCGUUCGAUGCGAAUGUCCAUGAUCCUACGGACCCGUUACAGAGACCGGCGUUGUUGCUUAGCUGCCUGGAAUAUUGUUAUGAAAUUGUGUAUCUGCUUUUGCACAAUAAAUACAGCCCAGCUAAUGUAAAUGGUGAAUGCCUUCAAGGUAUUCGACCAAUUUGGAUUGGUAUUGAGACUGGGAAUACAGAAUUAGUUAAGUUAUUAUUAUCAACUAGAAGAUGUGAUGUUAAUUAUAUUGAUCACAAUUCGGAAUGCAGUCCCCUCUUUCAAGCCAUUGUAAGAAAUAAUAGUGAGGUUGUUAAGUUACUAAUUGAAGGUGGAGCGGAUGUAAAUGUGGUAUUUUACAAGUAUCAGCCUACGGGAGAAACAUCUCUCAUCAGAGCUAUAAAAGCAGACAAUGUGGAAGUAUGUGAAAUGCUAAUCAAUUCUUUAUGUAAUAUCAACCUCAAGACGGCAGAUGGAUUAACAGCUCUCCAUUUUGCAGUGUCUUAUUCUCGUUAUGAUAUAUGCGAACUCUUGUUACAAAAUAACAUUAAAUUACAUGCUGCUACUAAGCAUGGUGCUACAGCUAUGACUGUGGCCUUACAUCAAAAUAAACCGUCGAUGAUACGACUUCUGGUACGUUACGGAUAUCAAGUGGACAAAAUGUUUCGCUACAUGCAAAAGCCUCUGGAGCAUGCCAUUUAUGUACAUAAUGAAAAUUGUGCUCUGAUGCUUGUGAAAGAAGGCUGUUCAAUCCGAAGGAAA